GAGGGGAAGAGGGAGAGGAAAGGAGGCAGCAAGAGGAGAGGCAAGGGACCUUGGAUAAAUGUCUUGUAACGUCAAACCACACAAGGAGAGGCCUCCUGAGAAAAUGACAAGCCAAGGGUGUGUUUGGCUGGCCUCGCCUCGUACACAGAGUGUGUGGGGGGCGAGGCCAGGCUGGACUGUAUAAGGGCUGUGAGAGGCAGAGAGCAGAAAUCCAAACCUCCCAAACACACCUCUACACUGCAACUACCACACAGCCUUUUUUCCUUCGAUUGCUUGCCCGAGCAGAUUAGCUGAUACAAUGGCAGAUGAAAGCUUCCAGCAGGAGUUCCUCACCACGCACAACAUCUACCGGCAGAUGCACCAGAGCCCCCCGCUGAAAAUGAGCACAGACCUCAACAAGUCAGCCCAGAGUUGGGCCGAUCACCUGCUGGACAGUGGGAUCAUGCAACACAGCGGCAGCGGCGUUGGAGAGAACUUAUACUGCAUGUCCAGCUCUGCACCGAUCAACCUGACUGGGAAGGAGGCUGUUGAAAGCUGGUACGAAGAGGUGAAGGAUUACGAUUACAACAGACCUGGAUUCAAAGGAAACACAGGCCACUUCACCCAGGUGGUGUGGAAGGAGACUACGGAGGUGGGCGUGGGUCUGGCUACAGAUGGCAAAAGGGUGUUUGUGGUGGCUCAGUACAGACCUGCUGGUAACGUGAACGUCGCGGCAUACUUUGAAAGAAACGUCCUUCCACAAGCUGGCAGGGCAGGGUCCAGCGGAACAGACAGCCAUGGAGGAGAAAAGAACUGCACACUGCUGUAAACCCCCGCAAGGAGAAAACCACCUGUAUAGGGUUAACCAUGCAGAAGAACCCUGACCAUUAAACACCUGUAUUAGAACCACGCAGUAGAACCAUUCCCCACCAGUCAUUAAUAAUGAAACCGUUUACGGGCCAUAAAGAAUAAAACAAAAAUAAUUGUA